AUCCGUGGGACAUUCUCCAGCCGUUAUGUACGAAGCUCAGCCUGUUGGGACAUGGUUUUUCUUUGGAAAUCACGUACGGUAUUCGUAUAAUUUGAAUCUGAAGAACAAAGAUGUCGUCUGCCAAUCUUGACGUCUUCUGCGGAGGGACAUUCAGCUUCGAUGUUCACGGCCAUCGCUUUACUUUGCACAAGCGACUAGUGCAGAGGUAUUCUGAGCCUCUCAUGGCGAUGAUGCACAAUGGAAUGGAAGAGACCCAGCACGGCUUCGCCACAUUGCAGGACACAGAGGAACUCACUUUUGCACGAUUUAGUGAAUUCAUCUACUCCGGAAGUUACAGUCCAGCGAACUCCCUUCCCACAAGUAAUGGCGUCUCGCCUCGGACAUCCACACCUGAAAACAUCCGCUAUUGGACAGAGUUCACGCCGUCGCCAAUGCCACAGGCAAAACCGCUGGUAUUGACCAGACCUAGGCUGCGAGAACUACAAUUCGAUCUCCCCGCUCAAUUGCCAUUGCCUACAGAUUCAACCGUCAGCAGUGGAGCCCUUGCGCUCGAGGAAGUCCUACCAAUCCUGAAUAGUCAUGUGGAUGUGUACGUGUUCGCCGACACAUACAACGUCCAUGAAUUGAGGAUCCACGCUGCCCAAAGAUUUUGCGAAAUACUUCGUCGGCUCGUCUUCCCUCUUCAUCCCAUCACUAGGAUGGUAGAGCUAAUAUCUCAUAUUUACGAUCAUACACCAACUAGUCACGAAAACGUUGACAUCUUGCGAGAAGUGGUAGCGCAUUUUGCUGCAGAUAACAUCGAGGAUCUGACAGGGUCUGCGGAGUUUUGCGAUUUGGUUGAGCAAGGAGGCGAAUUUGUGAAGGAUCUUGUUCAGAAAAUCUCGGACAGGUUCAAAGUUUUGCCCCGUUGAAGCGUUGUGAUAGGCACCGACUUGAUAAAAUGGAACGGAC